AACUAGUGCUCACCGGAAUGAAACCCAAUACCUUUGGACACGCCUCGAGGUGAUAAUCUUUUAGGAAGCGUCUGUAACCAGAUUUUACCUUACAAGGCAAAAAAUGAAAAGUGUUGAGACGCAAUCGAACCCUCUUCCAGCUCUUUUACCUUCCCUGCUAACCGAGUGGCUCGUCCCUUAUGCUCAGACCAUCGCACACGAUUGCUUCGCGCUUUUUGCCUUUAAAGGCAAAAACGUGCGCCGCAGAAAAGCAAUCGUACUCGAUGUCCAUAGCACGCCUGGUGCUUUAAAAGAAACGCGCAGGAUGUGUGAAUUUGCUACAACGCAAUCGCUAUUCAUUCACCUCAGGGGUUUAAUUUCAUCCCGCAGAUCAUUUACAACAACCGCUUCUCUCCUCCCAAACAUUAUCACAAGAUGCCUGCUGCAGGACGCAAUAUGACACCUGUUGACUGCCAUGUCUGCCACAAGACCAUAAGCCGCAAGGCCGAUCUUCCUAGACACAUGCGUACGCACGAUGAACACAAGGAGGCUCUUAUGCACGCAUGUCCAUUCCCUGAUUGCAAUUACAAGACCCUCCAAAAGUCCAAUUUGCAGACGCACAUCAGGACCCACACCCGUGAACGCUCGAAGACGUGCCCCCACCCUGGGUGUGCAUUUGCCACUACCGAUCCAGCAAGCUUGACGCGUCACCGCAAGCACCUACAUAGCUACGAGCCCAAGGCGCGUCGCAAUCUCGGGGGCAAAGUUGCUCGACGGUCCGCCGCCGCACCUUACCCAUCCACUCGGUUUAUGAAGCCCGAGGAAGAUAUUCCUGCAUCGCUGGAUCUGAAUGACCUCACAUUUCCUGAGCUCGCAGGCCUCAUUCCCUGCGAUGCGCUCUCACCCGCUGAGUCCGGCGACUCCGGUAUCCCCCAGUUUUCGGGCGAGCUCACCGAACUCUCCUGGGAGCGACACUUCCCCGAUUUCCCUGCCGAGAGCUUCACCUCCAUUCACGAACAGCCCUCUCAACUCGCCAUCGCCACCUUUAACUACUUGCAGCCAUCAACUGUCCCUGUCGAUCUCUCCACUUCCCACAUGCCGCAGUUCGACCCGAAGCUGUCUCGCGAUGUCAACUCUCAGCAGUCCAUUCCUACCUCUGAUGUGGACUUUCAGUACCAGCCUGUCUCCGAGAACGAUCUGAACUCCCUACCAGCUGAACUAGAGGAGUUUUUACAGACAUAUGGGUCGGGGUACUUUGAAGGCCGCUGUGAGUACCCGGACAGUGCAACAUAUUCCAUGUCCCAGCCCACGUUUACGGACGAAUAUAAGGUCUAUUGAAAUCUUGACUAUCACAUUUCACCUUGUUGCCAUUACCUAUACAUUAUCAUCAUCGACAUCAGCAUUACUAUUGCAUUUGGAACUUGGCAUUAUCAUUAUUGUUCAUUUAUAUCAUACCACUUUUAUCAUUUGUGUCCUCACGCAAACCUCACGUGAUGUGACCACACUGUGACAGAGGCGAGUCCAGAU